UAGUCCAUGGAAAACAAUGUCACUGAAUUUAUUCUGCUGGGACUUUCCCAGAAUAAGAAAAUUAAAAACGUGUGCUUUCUGCUUUUCUUACUUUGUUACAUAGCUAUUUGGAUGGGAAACUUCCUUAUCAUGGUUUCUAUCACAUGUAGUCAGCUAAAUGACCAACCCAUGUAUUUCUUCCUUAAUUCCCUUGCUCUCUCAGAUCUGUGCUACACCUCAACAGUGACGCCCAAGUUAGUCACUGACUUGCUGGCUGAAAGUAAUGUGAUUUCUUAUACUGGCUGCAUGACACAACUUUUUGCCAUGCACUUCUUUGGGGGGAUUGAGGUGUUAAUCCUCACAGGGAUGGCCUACGACCGCUACGUGGCCAUCUGCCAACCCCUCCACUACGCCGUCGUCAUGAGCAGGCAGCGGUGUUAUGCCGUGGUCAUUGCUUGUUGUGCUGGGGCAUUUCUGCAUUCCUUUGUCCAGUGUCUCCUCACCAUUAACUUACCUUUCUGUGGCCCCAAUGAAAUAGAUCACUAUUUCUGUGAUGUGUAUCCUUUGCUGAAACUGGCCUGCACGGACACCUACAGAGUUGGGAUCUUAGUGGUUGCCAAUUCAGGCACGAUGGGUUUGGUGACCUUUGUGGUCUUGAUGCUGUCGUACCUUUUGAUAUUACACACUGUCAAGGCUUACCCCGCAGAGAGCCGUGGCAAAGCGCUUUCCACGUGCAGCUCCCACAUCACAGUUGUGGUCCUGUUCUUCGUGCCUGUUGUCUUCAUUUACAUCAGACCGGCCACCACUCUGCCAGAAGACAAAGUGUUUGCUCUUUUCUACACCAUCAUUGCCCCCAUGUUCAACCCUCUGAUCUACACCCUCAGAAACACGGAGAUGAAAAAUGCCUUGAGGAAAGUGUGGUGCCAGAAACCAUUUUUGCUUGGAAGGCAUAUCAUCUGA